UCCUGACAUGCCACAGCUUAAACAGCCCUGUGAUGUUUUUCCUUCUAAUAAACGUUUCUUUCCUCCUGAUCCCUCCUGCACUGGCACCCUGGGCCUGUGCCCGCUUCUGUCCGGCCGGCUGCACGUGCACCCAGGAGAAGAGCUGCUCGGUUCUAUGUGACCACGCCAACCUGCCCGACAUACCCAGGGAGUUCCCCUGCGAAGCCUCCACCAUCAACCUGGACAAGAACAGCCUGAAGUUCCUGUCAGAGCGCGCUUUUGGAACCUUGCCAGCCCUGCGCUCGCUCUCCCUCGACCACAACAACAUCUCGUUCAUCACUCCGGGAGCCUUCAAGGGCCUUCCGAACCUGCUGGAGCUUAAGAUGGCCCACAACGAGUACAUCCGCUACCUGCACACGCGCACCUUCACGUUCCUCAGACGCCUGGAGAGGCUGGACCUCUCCGACUGCAACCUCUUCAAUAUGCCAGACCGGAUCUUCCUGGAGCAGAUAGCCCUGAAGGAGCUGCUGUGCUUCCAGAACAACUUCCGCCGCAUUCCGGGAGCCCUUCGGGGAAUGGAGAACCUGACCCAUGUCUACCUGGAGCGCAACAAGAUUGAAGCCGUCGCCUACAACUCCCUGCUGGGCCUGACCAGCCUCCGGUACCUCAACCUGCAGGAGAACCGGAUCAAUGUCAUCCAUGACCAGGCCUUCCAGGACCUCCGGCGUCUGGAGAACUUCUACCUGAACGACAACCUGCUGGCGGACCUCCCAAAGGAGUCCUUCAAGGGCCUCUCCCGCCUUAAGAUGCUCAACCUGGGUGGGAACCUGCUUACCAACAUCUCCAAUACCUGGUUUAGUGACCUGGUGGAGCUGGAGGUCCUUUACCUGGACCGGAACCAACUGUCCUACAUCAAAGAGGGAGCCUUUGAGAACCUUACCAGCCUCAUCUCCCUCCACCUCAAUGGCAACAACCUGACUGCCCUGCCUUUCUCCGUCUUCCAGCCAAUCUACUUCCUAGGUCAUCUGUAUCUGUUCCGCAACCCUUGGGAGUGCGACUGCAGCCUGGAGUGGCUGAAGGAGUGGAUGGAGAGCUACAAGCUGGUCAGGGACAUCCCCUGUGCGUCCCCCUCUGCCGUGGCUGGCCUGGACCUCAGCGAAGUGGUCUACAACAAGCUGGACGGAGUCUGUGUGGACCUAAGCGAACUCAACUUCACCACCCUGGCACCCGCGCCUUCUGAGCCCUGGCGCUCCACCACGGAGAACCGGUUCAGCAGCCUGAUCUCCAGGCUCCUCCAGCAGGAGCUGAGGGAGGAGGUGGGGAACACCACCGAUAAUCUGAGGAAUGGCACCCUGAUCGACCAGGCUGAACUGUCCGCUGGGGCCUGCCGCGCCAUGGCUAACCCAUCCCUGCUGCUCCUCCUCUUCAGUACAUGGCUGAUCCCAGUCAUGACGAUGGGUUCUUUCCCCACAUGUACCGAUGUGUCCUGAAAAACAGUGGGAUAUUUU